GUGUGUGUGUGUGUGUGUGUGUGUGUGUGUGUGUGUUUGGGUGGGUGUGUACGGGUGACACUAUUACAUUUCAACUCGUCCUCCAGCAGGUCAGCCGUGAGAGGAGCAGCAUGAGCCCCUAUCCCAUCAGCUGAGGCUCCAGAUCCAAGGUUUGUCCCAGUCUGUCUGCCUUCAUUGAGUUCAUUGGGAUUCUCCCUCAGUUUGUUCAAUUUGUGUGGUCAUGUCGUCCACCCCUCUGGCCGAGACGGAAGAAGACGUGUUUGACCUGACAGAAGCAGUACCCGAGACAGAGCGACUGGACAGCAGUCUACAAAAAGCAAAAGCCCAGCUGUCAGUCAAAACCAGAAGGCACCGGCCCUCCAGAUCCCGCCUGAGAGACAGCUUGAGCUCGACAGAAGGAGAUGAUAGUCUCGAUGGAAAGAGCUUCAGCAGCCCUCCCCACAGCAUGUACUCUCCUCUCCAUGCCUCCCUUCGCUGCUCCUCACCAUCCACUGACCUCCAGCUCUCCUGCUCUUCUUCUCCUGCAUGGAGAGACAGAGCCUUCACCUUAGAUCCCUUCUCUGAGACUCCAGAGCGGAAAGGCCGGUACAAACAUUUGUUGGACACCUCCUCUCAGGAGACCCUGCUAGUGACGCCCCCCAACUUUAACGUCAAACCCUGCAGCAGGUCAGAAACCUCGUCUCCGGCUCACCUGCGACAGGAGGACCAUGUCCGCCUGCAUGAGGAGGACCAGUCUCUCCUGCGCCAGAGGGAGCACUCUCAAAAUGAAGAUGACAGCCAUGAUGUGGGUUCAGAUGAGCCGGGCAGCCCAACAGUACUGCUAGACAAGAAGACCAGGAGGCGUUUCCUUGAUCUGGGGGUCACUUUGCGCCGCACAUACGGGAAGGUCAGGAAGGACAGAGCCAACAGGCUAUCAGCACAGAGUCGAGAGCCAGAGAGAGCAGAGAGCCGGUCUACGCGUUCCUCCGGACCUCCGUUUGUGCCUUUCUCCUGGUUCAGUGACAGACUCAGAGGAUCCAGUUCCUCCAAGUCGUCCAGCCAGUCUCCAACCAAGUCUCUGGCUAAGGGUUCCAGUCAGGACCAAGAGCUGGACGCAUCCACUGGUCUCCUGGAAACACGCAGCAGGUCCAGCAAACCCGAGUGCUCCCAGCCGUACCGCAGCCUGUCUGAACACUCAGAUGAGGGGUGUGACAGCAGAGGAGCAGACCCCUGCUAUGUGAGGAAGAAAGCCAUCCUGCCGUUUUCAACAAGUGGACGAGACAGGACAGAAAAGCAGAAUGGAAUGCACAGCAAUAAGGACAGCGAUCAAAAUGGAGAUGGACAAAAAUUACUGACCACUUGAUGGCAGUGUGCGCCUGUGCUUCAGGGCUCAGCACAACAAGCCAAACAGCUUAAUCCUUCUCCUCAGUUGUUUUUCAGGUGUAAAUACUGUAGUUGUAGGAAUUAUGUAAUAUGCAGACUUUUAGGUCUGUAUGAUUGAAUGAUUGCCUAAUAAACAAUUUUUGGAAAAAUAA